CAAUAAACAGCAUUAAAGAAAGUUGUUGAAGAACCAAAUGGUCCACUCCCACUCUUUAAUGUAAGAGAAACAAGCUCUCACGUUUUCCACCUCUAAUUACCAAACAAGUAUUAAUUUUUGUAAGAAUUAAGACAAAAUCUACAUAGAUACGGCCGUAGGCUUUAGAUUUUGGUAAUUCUCGAUCUGGGUUUUGUUAGAAUCACUUUGUUUUACUUGUAAUUUCGUUAUCUAUGAAAACCGUUUGCUGAAUGAUGGAUCAACCGCAGCGGCAGUCUUCUCAUGCUUCAAGAGGGUUUCGAGUUCAAGCUCCACUAGUUGAUUCAGUAUCAUGUUAUUGCAAAGUAGAUUCUGGAUUAAAAACAGUUGCUGAGGCAAGGAAAUUUGUUCCGGGAUCAAAACUUUGUAUCCAGCCUGACAUAAAUCCUAAUGCACACAAGACUAAAAACUUGCGGAGGGAGAGGACGAGAGUGCAGCCACCACUUUUGCCUGGCCUUCUCGAUGAUCUUGCCAUUGCAUGUCUUAUUCGAGUUCCCCGAGCUGAACACCGAAAGCUCCGCUUAGUUUGUAAGAGAUGGUACCGGCUUUUGGCUGGGAACUUUUUCUAUUCUCUUAGGAAAAGUCUCGGAAUGGCAGAGGAGUGGGUUUAUGUCAUCAAACGAGACCGUGAUGGAAAGAUCUCAUGGAAUGCUUUUGAUCCUGUUUGUCAGCUCUGGCAGCCACUUCCGCCAGUUCCUCGGGAUUAUUCUGAGGCCCUCGGUUUUGGCUGUGUUGUUCUGAGUGGUUGUCACCUAUAUAUAUUUGGAGGGAAGGAUCCACUUAAGGGCUCCAUGAGACGGGUCAUUUUCUAUAGUGCUCGGACAAAUAAAUGGCAUAGGGCACCGGACAUGCUUCGAAAACGACAUUUCUUUGGUUCUUGUGUUAUAAAUAACUGCCUAUAUGUGGCUGGUGGUGAGUGUGAAGGAAUCCAAAGGACUCUAAGAUCAGCUGAAGUUUAUGAUCCGAACAAAAACAGAUGGAGCUUUAUUUCAGAUAUGAGCACGGCUAUGGUACCUUUUAUUGGUGUAGUUCAUGAUGGAAAGUGGUUUCUAAAAGGUCUCGGGUCCCACCGUGAGGUCAUGAGUGAAGCCUAUGAUCCUGAAACUAAUAGCUGGAUCCCAAUCAGUGAUGGGAUGGUUGCUGGUUGGCGGAAUCCCAGUAUAUCUUUAAAUGGGCAGCUGUAUGCUUUGGAUUGCCAGGAUGGCUGCAAGCUUAGGGUUUAUGAUAGUGGCACAGAUUCAUGGAACAAGUUUAUAGAUAGCAAGCUGCAUCUAGGGAACUCUCAUGCUCUGGAAGCUGCUGCUCUUGUUCCCCUCAGUGGGAAGCUUUGUAUCGUGCGCAACAACAUGAGCAUCAGCCUGGUUGAUGUUUCCAGUCCUGAAAAACAUGUAGAGACUAACCCUUACCUUUGGGAGAAUAUAGCUGGACGGGGUCACUUUAGGACUCUUGUCACAAAUAUUUUGUCAAGUAUUGCUGGUCGAGGUGGCCUGAAAAGUCACAUCGUCCAUUGCCAGGUGCUUCAAGCAUGAGAACUAGUAUCAUGUUGCUUUAGCUUGCCAUACUCAUCAGCCAUCUUGUCCAAUUUCCAUAGUUGAAGGUCUUCGGAACCAGGAUCUACUGAAUGCUGCUGUUUAUACUCUUAAUGAUAUCGAUCAACAUCCAACAGUAAUCUAGCCUGGGAUGAGUGCGAUUGCCUCACAACAUAUUUUGAAACAUGAAGAAUUGGAAAGGAGAUCUUCUUAUGGAUGCAUUUUGAAAUUUUGAGGACAAAGAUGGACAAAGGGGGUUAUCUUGACGAUGUCUAGAUUGAUACCAGAAGCAGUAAUACAUGUCCCGUAUAAGGUGAGAAAAUUAAGACUUGAUUUGUUUUGGUAAUAGAUGAGGUGAUUUCUUUACAUCUGUGAACAGGGCAGAUGUUUGUAAAUCUUGUCAUUUUGUCUAGGGCCAAAUUCAGUUUCAUUGUUGGAUCCUUUUCUUUGUAGCAUGUAAUCUCUGGUAUGCUUUGUUUAUGUACAUGGGUUUAACUUA